AUUUUGAGCAUCAAAGUCAACUUUUAUUCUUUUCGAUCGUCACCUCCGAUAUCCAAUUUUCAUCCACCAUUCACCAUCUUCAAUCCCUUCCUUCCUUCCUCCUCCAAUUCUUCACAAAUCCAUUUUUGCUGUAUUGCGACACAAAUUCCCUCUUCAUCUCUAUUUUAUUAUUCGCCAUCGCCAUCUCUUGUUGGUAUCUCGGUGGGGUCCAAAAUUGAGCCCCACAUGCAACCCAACCAAGCUCCUAUAUCGUCACACCAUGAACAACCGCCGCCGCCACCGCCUCCACCACCACCACCAUGGGCGGUGACGUCGCAAUCAACGCCUCAAUAUCAACAAUCAACAAUGGUAGUACCACCGCCUCUGCACUACCAAACCUACAACCCUCAGAUGUUUCCUGGUCAAUCUCAACCGGGAACGACGGGAGCACCUCCACCACAUUUCUAUCACAUGCAGCCGGGGGCGUCGUCAUCAGGAGCACGGUAUCCUUAUUCCUUGAGUCCCCGGAGAUCAAAUCCUGGUCAUUUGUAUCCGGAUCAUGAACGAGAUUGGUCCACCGGUCUUUUCCAGUGUACCUCCAACAUCAAAAACUGUUUCGUUACGACGCUUUGUCCGUGCAUUACGUUUGGGGAGAUCGCUGAGAUUUUGACGGAAGGACAUACGCCUUGGUAUGAACCAGCGACAUUGUGUGCGUGUUUAGGAGCAGGGAGCUUUGUUUUCAUAUUCAUGUUGUGGUUGACUUUCCCUUACACUUGUCUAUAUCGUGUCAAAAUGAGAAAAAAAUACAAGUUAAAAGGAAGCCUACUCGAAGAUUGUUUGAUCAAUGCAUUUUGCGGAUGGUGUGCCUUAUGUCAACAGUAUCGGGAGCUUGAUCAUCAGGGCUUCAACGUUUCAAUCGGAUGGCAUGAAAACAAGAGGAGGGAAAGUCAAGCAGUGGCAGUAUUUCGAUUGAUACCACCAGAGGAGCAAGAGAUGUCAAGAUGAAGAUUAAAAUAAGGGAAUUAUUGUAAUGUCAUUUUUUCAAAUUAAAAAAGAUCAUUACAAACCACCGAAUUUGAUUGCCAUGCCAUUUCUUUGUAUAUUAUUGGAUAACGGUUAUAGUUUUACGAAAGGAAGAAUUUCAUAUAUGCCAUUCUUAAACAUCAAAAUAUCAUAUUUACCC